GAUGUCCGCCAUAAAGAAACCGGAUGUUUCAUUCUUUGAGUUUCCAAAGAAAGAGAAAUAUCCUGAUUUGCACAAACAAUGGAUAGCAUUAUCAGAAAGAAAUAACCCUCUUGAUUUAGAGGUUCACCGAUUGUGUUCAAAGCAUUUUAAUGACAGUGAUUUGAAAGUCACGUUAGAUUCAAAUAAUCAUAAAAGAUAUGAGUUAAUUGAUGAAACGAAAGCAUUACCUAGUAAAUUUCCUGGAAGAGAUAAUCAAAAGCAAAACGAAGCACUUGAAACAAUUUCCUGUGUAAUUUGUGGAUCGACUGACAAGAGAGCUGAAAAUUUCAUCAGAUUCCCUGAAAAUUCACCAAUAAAAGAACUAUGGACUGAAAUAUGCUUUGGAGAAGAGAAAAGAAUAAACAAGAGUUCUUUGGUCGUUUGUGUGGAACACUUUUGUACAAACUCCCUUCAAUUUGACGGAAACGGAAAAUAUUCCUUAAAAGAAGGAUCUGUACCCAUCAUACAUUCUGCAAGCUCUACAGAUGUGAAAAGCGAACCAGAAAAUGAUAUUACUGAAGAGGAAAAAAAUACAGAUGGUGAAAACCAGAAUUCCGUAGAACCUAUGCCAUCUGAGACUAUGAUUGGCGAUGAAACGAGUGAAGAAGACUAUGGGAUAAGUGUUCGAGUUGAAAGAAACAUUCCUUCUGAUUGUGCGUACAAUCUUCCAAAAGUGUCAUUUAAGUUGGAUAAAAUUGAUGAAGUAUUAAGAAUUAAGCCUGACGACACAGGGUACUUUAGCAUAAAUAUUAAAGACUUGCCAGGCUCUCUAAUAGGAAAACAAACCGUUAGAAAAAGAACUGGCCAAUACGAAACAAGUGAGGUCAAAGACUUAAGCUCUCAACGAGGUCGACGGUAUCUAGAAGGAAUAUGCUUAAUGAAAGGCUGCUCGAAUAGAGUAUCAAAUGCCAUUAAAACUGGUGUAAGAUUUUUCCCUUUUCCGAAAACUGAGAUAAUGGCUCGAAAAUGGGCGGAAUGCACUGGAAGAAAGAAUAUGCUAAAGGUUAGCACGGACAUUUUACAACGAAAAGUAAUUUGCAGUGAGCAUUUUGCUGAUGAAGAUUUCCGGAAUCCAAGGUCGACAUUUACGAGUCAACUAAAGAAAACUGCUAUACCCCAAGAAAUAAGUGAUACUGAAGACAGAGAAGAUGACGACGAUGAUGAUGAUGACUCAUCAUUGUGGCUCGAGGAUACUAAUGACGAUUUCUUAUACGAGUGGAAACCAAGAAAAAAACGACGCCGAUUUGCAGAUUCAAUUAAACCUUUGAAGAGUACAAGGCAGACCUCCGUUUUAAAGGUUAAAUUAGAACGAAUUACCAAAAAGUAUUCGUCCGCUGCAACAAGAAAAUCGAUGGAAACUGGAGAAAGGACUGGUAAAAUAGCUACUCUUUCAACAUCAACUCAAACACCUAAUACAAUAGUUGUAAAUAAAACUACAAAUAAAGGUAGCAGGCCAAUGGAGGCUCCCCUAGGAACUUUACAGUUGAUUGACAACAAAGCUUUAAAAGUACGUCUUCCUGAAUUCUGGAAACCGAGCAGAGUUUAUGCUACAGAGCCUGUUCCAAAUAUUAACAAUAGAAAAUUAUAUAUUCCAAAAUUAUGUUACGACGGUAUGAAAACGGAUGUGAAACGUAUUGUUCUAAGCCUUGGUAAACAUGAAGAUGGGUUAGGAAUUACUUUACCAGGCGCCUGGAAGGCUUUAGACGCUUUUGUACUCGCGCCUGAAGCUAAAAAAGGGAAGCAUAAGCUUGUAAUACCAUGUGAAGUUCCUAAACGUAGUAAAAUGAAUAAAAACCAAACAUCCAUCAUUAUAAAAACAUCUGGUAACUUUCGUCAAUCAGUCAGUUCUUCCGCUACCGCAAAUAAUACUCCGCCAAAACCCUCAAGUACACAAGCUCGAGAUGCUUUUAUUAUGGGAAACGAAAAGGUUGACGAUUCAGUAUUGAAAGAAGUUUCGAACGAAUAUACAACAAGUGAAACAACAGAUUCAACUGAUAUAUUAGAGAACGUUUUAAACAGUAUGGAGGGAGUUAAAAACUAUCGAUUUACAGACAAUUUAGAGCCGACUAUCACCUGCUUCCCACUUCGAUUGUUCUCAAAGUCCCCUGCCAGUCCGUCAACCGAAGAUGCAUUCGUUCUUACACGAGAAGAAAAGAUUGCCUUCGCUAAAUUACUAAAAAAAGUGAGAAGCAAUCAAGUACAAGACGAGCAAUCGACCAACGUCGUGAUGGCGUUGACGAACGAGCAAAUAAGCCAGGUAUCUGAACUAUUGAGAGCAACGCAUGAGUUGAGCGAUAACAUAGCAAAAACUCCGCUCGGUUUUAUGAUCGAUACUGGUAUGCAUAAAUUAACGAUCGUUCCUGCUGAAAGCUCAGAGCAGAAUUGCGAUAUUGUAGAAGCGGCAAUGCAAGUUGCGGAUAUAUAA